UGGAAGGCACCGAAACAACAUCAGCAUGUGUUGUCCAAGUCGACCGUGGUUCUAGGUUACUGGGAUAUUUGCGGGCUGGUGCACGCCAUCCGCAUGCUCCUGGAGUUCACCGAUACAUCCUAUGAGGAGAAACAGUACAUGUGCGGGGAAGCUCCCGACUAUGAUAGAAGCCAAUGGCUGGAUGUGAAAUUCAAGCUCCACCUGGACUUUCCUAACCUGCCCUACCUCAUGGAUGGUAAGAACAAGAUCACCCAGAGCAAUGCUAUCUUGCGCUACAUCGCUCGCAAGCACAAUGUGUGUGGUGACACUGAAGAAGAAAAGAUUCGAGUGGACAUCAUGGAGAACCAAAUAAUGGAUUUCCGCAUGCAGCUGAUACGACUGUGCUAUAGCCCUGACCUUGACAAACUGAAGCCUCAGUACUUGGAACAGCUACCUGGACAACUGAAAGAGUUCUCCUUGUUCCUGGGGAAAUUCUCAUGGUUUGCAGGAGAAAAGCUCACCUUUGUGCAUUUCCUCACCUAUGAUGUCUUAGAUCAGAACCGUCUGUUUGAGCCCAAGUGCCUGGAUGAAUUUCCAAAUCUGAAGGCUUUCAUGUGCCGUUUUGAGGCUUUGGAGAAUGUAGCUAACUACAUGCAGUCUGACCGUUUCCUGAAGAUGCCCAUCAACAAGAUGGCCCAGUGGGGCAACAAGAGAAUAUGCUGAGCAGGAGGUGGACUUGCACUGCUUGUUUUAUUCCAUCCUGUCCCUAGGAGGCGUGUACUCUCUCUUCUCUGCUCUUUUCAAUAAAUAGCGUUUAGGCUAAAAAAAAAAAAAAAAA